AGGCAGGAGGCGCACUGACUGGGCACUGCCAGGACUGGCACUGUUGUGGCUCCGGCUGCUGCCACCAACUGGAAGUCGCUUAGUUGCCACCUGCAGGAUCGGGCACAGAGGGGAUCUCACCUCCCCUGCAGGUCCAGAGCUGACAGAGCGGGGGACCCCCAAACCCAGCUGUCUGGUUUCAUCCCUCUGGACAUUAGGCUGAAGGCAGAGCUGCCACCAAGUACCUCUCCCCCAGCACUCUUCUGCUUCUAUUACUCUAUUCUCUCUGGAUACAUACAGCAAGGAGCAGGAGGAGAGCAGGGGCCAGACUGGACAGAUCAGUGCCACAGCUGACACAAUGUUCCCGGGACCCUCUCUUCUCUAGCGCAGGACAAUCAGGCAAGAGAGAGGAGCUACAGCAACCUGUUACACUAUCUCUGUCACUUCUUCUCACUUUUGGGGGGAUUCCCACAGCUCACCAGGAUGACCCCUGAGUACUUUUUGAGGUCCCUGUUGAUGAUGAUUUUAGCUGUGUUCUCUGCAAAUGCUAGCAACUGGCUGUACCUUGCAAAAUUGUCCUCGGUAGGGAGCAUUUCAGAGGAAGAAACUUGUGAGAAGCUAAAGGGAUUAAUUCAACGCCAGGUGCAAAUGUGCAAAAGGAAUCUAGAAGUCAUGGAUUCUGUAAGGCGAGGGGCACAGCUGGCAAUUGAAGAAUGCCAGUAUCAGUUUAGGAAUCGACGGUGGAACUGCUCAACACUUGAUACAUUGCCUGUCUUUGGGAAGGUAGUGACGCAAGGCACCAGAGAGGCAGCUUUUGUGUAUGCAAUAUCUUCAGCAGGAGUAGCCUUCGCAGUGACUCGGGCAUGUAGUAGCGGAGACCUAGAAAAAUGUGGCUGUGAUAGGACCGUGCAUGGGGUCAGCCCCCAAGGGUUCCAGUGGUCUGGCUGUUCGGAUAAUAUUGCAUACGGCGUAGCCUUUUCACAGUCAUUUGUAGAUGUUAGAGAGAGAAGCAAAGGGGCAUCAUCUAGUCGCGCUCUCAUGAAUCUCCACAAUAAUGAGGCAGGACGCAAGGCCAUCCUUAACAACAUGCGAGUGGAAUGUAAGUGCCAUGGUGUCUCUGGAUCCUGUGAGGUGAAGACUUGCUGGAAGGCCAUGCCUCCAUUUCGAAAAGUUGGAAACGUUUUAAAGGAAAAGUUUGACGGAGCUACCGAAGUGGAGCAGAAAAAGAUUGGUACAACCAAAGUCUUGGUUCCUAAAAAUUCUCAGUUCAAACCACACACAGAUGAAGACUUGGUAUAUCUUGAUUCCAGCCCAGAUUUUUGUGACCACGACUUAAAGAAUGGAGUCUUAGGAACUACUGGCCGACAGUGUAACAAGACUUCCAAGGCUAUUGAUGGUUGUGAGCUAAUGUGCUGUGGUCGAGGGUUUCACACAGAAGAAGUUGAAAUAAUAGAAAGGUGCAGUUGUAAAUUCCACUGGUGCUGCUUUGUCAAAUGUAAACAGUGCCACAAAGUAGUAGAAAUGCACACGUGUCGGUGAUCUAACUGAAAUAACCUACUGUAUUUAACCAGAAUGGACGAUUUGGAUCUCUCCACGCCACCAAUGUCAUUCCUUCUACCACGACAGGUGUAGCUCUAAAGACUGCAAAGAAGAUAAGGGACAAUAGAUUUUUUUUUUUUAAGAAUAUUUAAAGUCCCAAAUUAUCAUUGAUGUAUAUUUGUAUUCUUUAUCUUAUUUAUUGCCAACAAACAACGAGGUUGUGAGUCCGUGCUUCCCAUCUACACAUGGUGGAAAUUACUUUAUGUUGCUGCUUCUAUAGUGACGGAGAACGAGACAUGACGACCCACAAAAACUGCUGAAGGAAUGUUAACUCCAACAAUCUUCAAAAUGGAAAAAAGAAAUAGAGAAUACUAGAAACUUAUAUAGGGUGACCACUAUCCACCUUGUUAUUCCAGUGACAUUUAACUAACUUCCACCAAAUGACCAAAAUAACUAAUGAACUUUCAUUAUAUUUUUAAAUGGAAACAAAAAUGUUAGCAUAGGUAUUUUAUAUCUAUACCAAUGUAUAUAAAUAUAAAUUCAUGUUUUGUAUUACAAAUAUUUCUGUACAAGAAAGAUUAUUAAGAAAACUAUGAGAUCAAUACAAAGAUUUUAGUAUAUAUUCUCAUUCCUUGAGGACAGACUAUGGACAGAGAUGUAUGCUGGUCUUCACAUAGAAUUGUUAUUUUUCCUUUUCGGUGUGUUUCCUGCUGAAUUAUGUUGGGUAAUAUAGUACAAGAAUGAAUGAAUGAAGCAUAACUGCUACCUUGGCAUUUAUGUUAAAAUGCUGAAAGAAGUAAAAUAUGCUUUAUAGUUUUAUGGGUUUAUUUUUUAGCAUUUUGUUUAUACUUUUCUACUUUUUUUUUUUACAGUAACUCCCUGGGUCCAAGAUAAGGAAAUAUAUUUAAACCAUUUUAUGUUAAUUGGGCAUUAUGGAAUCUCAUUAAAAACAUAUCCAUUAAAUAAUACUUUUCCAAAAUGAUAUCAAAGUAAACAGCUGUGUUUUUGAAGAAUCAGUUAAUAAGACACACUUACUGCAAACAAGCAUCAAAAAGCUGCAUUCCUAUGAAAUAGUUACCACUGUAGUAUCGGGAGGUACAGUGCUAUAGCCUAUUAUAAAAUAUUAGAUAGAUAUAUCAUAAAAAUGGGGCAUGAAAGAGAAAUCUUGUGGAGAAAUAAUAUAUUUUGUAUGCAUAUUUUUAUAACCUAUUUAACAAUUUUACAAAUGAAAAUGUCCCUGACAGACAAACCUGCAGAUGGGGUUCCACUGAACAAUUACCUGGUGCAUGCAGCACAACCCACCCAAAAAGCAAAAAGGGAAGUUGGAUGUGCAGAUUGGAGAAAUUCCAUUUUGUGAAUGACCCUGAAAAACAAACAGGGAGAGCUUUCACCCUUGUCGGAUAAGGUGUAAGUGCAGGUUUUCAGUAUAGAUUAGAACCUACACGUGCCAAACAUGAAAUAUACCUUUUGUAUCAACCUUGACUUUUUUCACAGUAAAAAAUAACCCAGAAUAAAAGCACUUCACAUCAUUAUAAAUAGGGACAAAUAGUAAAAUAAACACCAUAUUUUUGGAUAGAAACGGGUUGUAAAAAAACGAAUGAUAUUAAACCACCCACUCCCUCCCUUACGUAAUGUUUCCUCCCAACAGUCAUUGAGGCAGAUCAGUGAAGGGUUUUAGGGGCCUGUUUUCAGGCAAAGGGAGACGGGUUGAAGGUAGCCUAGCACCAUAUUUCCUAAAAAAAAAAGGAAUGUUGGGAACUUUGGCUUAUUUUAAUUAAUUACUCAUAUCUGCAGAAAACGUUUCCUUUUAGACAGGAACAAAAAUAGGAGCUUUUCUACAAGAGACUGAAAAAGCUGCUGUAAAUGAAAUCUCAGUGGGCAAUAUUCCACACGUUAAUACUAAUAUAUAUUUGUCUUGUUGGAAAGGUUUAGUUCUGCUGUAAUAAUAAGAAUUACUGUUACUGUAAUGGUUCUCAACCUCCCCAAUAUAUUUAUGAUUCAUGCUUUAUUUUUUUAUUUUUUUUACUUUUACAUCCGGAAUAACAGUCAGAAAUGAUGGACUUUGGACUGUUUAAUGACAUACACGACUAUCCAAUAUGAGGAUUAAGUAAGCUUUGCUUCUGCAGCACAAGAAACAUGAUACACGAGUAUCUCAAGCAUGUUUAAAGAAUCACUGGGUUAUAUUUGAUUUAUGUCUAACAAUUUGUUCUGGUUUCAUCCUGUCUGCACACAACAUACAACAUUUAUACACUCCUCUUAUUAGAAAGGUCCCAUUUGCCCAUUAACAGAAAAUAGUUUAUUUCUUCUGCAAUGCAUCUUUGGGUUAGUAGUACUGAUUUAUAUGACCACAGAGACUACAAAUUCUGUUGAAUGUUCAAAUGCAUAAAUUGUAAGCUUCAUAAUUAUUAGAGAGGUGAGUUGAAUGUUCCUGAUAGCUGUAUGUAUAGGUUAAUAGGAAAAUUGUUUUAAAAUAAAAUAGUGAGCAAUUGCCAGUGUUCCCGGGUUGUCAAGCAAUUUGCCUGUAAAAUUUGUUGACUGUUAAGAUUUCUGCCGCGAAGCAAUGACGUGCUGGAAGGCUGCUGAGACAGAUGGAACACUGGGAAUUUGGAAAUGGUUCAGUUUCCUUACGAGUUCAUGUUUCUUGUUGACGGUACUGUAUGUAGUUCAUGUUUCUUGUUGAAGGUAUGUAGUACUGAACACACCCACCAGGUGCAAACGUUUUGUUUGGUGUGUCCCACGAACUUCCAGGUGACAUUGAAAACAGAUCAUCAUUGUUUCUAAAGAUGUUAUGUCAUUGAUACUUGAUUGCAUAUUUAAACCCAUUUGUUCCUUUUUAUUAGAGAUGAGCGGGUUCGGAUUUAACGCCAGAAUUAACGCCAGUUUAGUUUUAUCUGGAUUUUUCUUAAUGGCUAUCCAAAACACGUGACAUCCGUGAGCCAAUAAGAUGCCGUUUUGAGAUCCGAGUAAAACCGAACCCACUCAUCUCUACUUUUUAUGCAUAUGCCAGGAAAUAAGAUGACAUAAUGAAACUGUUUUGUAUUUUCAAAAAGUGAAAAUUAUAUUGCACCCCCCAUUAAAUUAUUUUUUAUCAAGAUUAAUGUUCUUUAGCAACUUCUGAAAUGUGAAAAUAAAUUAUUAGAGUUACCAUAUUGCUUAAAGAACAACUAAAACCUAAAAUACAAGUUGGUUUAUAUGGGAUUACUAAUAGCAAUCAGAAAUAUAUAAAUACAUUUCAGGAAUUUAUCAGAACUGUAAAUAUAUUAAGUAAAGCUGUGAUCACAAGCGGAGAUGUGUUUGCCUAGGCAUGUUGGGCUUCCUAUCUGGGACAUUAUUAAAGGAUACCUCAGCCCAUUACUUAGUGUGGCAUGUCUCAUUUCAGAAUGCAAUAGCUUGCACAUAGCUCCAGAGUGAAUGCAGAUAUUUGGAAUUAGGAGUAAAUCCAGAUAGAAAGUGCAGCUUUCACAUUGGUGAAACAAGGGGUAAUGAGGGAGGGGGAGGGGUGUGGUAUAAAAUGUUAAAUGUGCUGCAGAUUUAGAUCUGGGACAGGUAAGUGUCCUAAUUCAAUUCUAAAUUGCAGAUUUAAAAUAAAGCUGCAGUAUUUACAGUAUUUCCCCUGCAUACCAGUUACGAAAAAAUUAUAAUCUCCAAGUGCAAUUUACAACCAUUGGCUGUAUUGGUUUGUAAUACUAAAAGAGCCCCCACAAUGCCAAACAUCAUAUGUUCUGCAGAAGCAUGGGGACACACACAUUUGUGGAUGUUGUUACAUAAUUUUUCAUAUUGAACCAACUUGUGUUGUAGGCUUAGUGGCCCUUUGAAAGCGAGCUAGUUCAUCUGCGUCAUUGAUUUAAUUAAGCUCGCAUAAAGCAUAAUUUAAAUUAAUGCAUACCUGCUGGCAUUGUAACUGGGAUCAUGGUGAUGUGAUUUGCAUAAUUAAGCCCCACCUCCCAAUGCACAGUACAAAGAAUUAUGAUCUCUACAACCAGGGGGCAAGUCUUAACAAAGCAGUCCCCUACAAAUUGGGCUGGAUCUUGAAACUUGGCUACUCCCCUUGAAGUUCAGGAGAACUCACUGAAAUUCAGUAGUCUACUGGACUUUGCAGGAGAGUAGGGAAAUGUGCAUUUAUGAAAGUUUCCUUUUUUUUAUAUUAAACAAACCCUGUAGUUGAUUGUAUUGCUAAAAGGUGCAAUAAGUCUAGUAAAAAAAAUUCUUAACUGACCUCUGGCACAUCUCCAAUAUACUAUUCCCUGGAAAGUGAGCAUUCUGGAAAUCAUAGUGUUAAAAAUUCCAAUAAUUGGGGGUUAUCCAUUAUGAUAGAGAAGUGUCAUAGCUCAUUUCUACUGCUUACUGUUGGUUUGCAAUAAGCAGUAGAGUCUCAGUGAAACCCUUUGGAGCAGUGUUGAUUAUUUAACUUAAGGUUUUAACUUUUUAAUUACAAAAUUGCUCAGCUUAGAAGGAUAUUUUUUAAGCCCCUGUGAAAUUCAACAUUAAAAAAAAUUACUAUAUUACUGUCAUGAUCCCCAAACUGACAGAGACCAAAAAUCGGUCUUCUAGUUGUAGUUUGUAUUGUAUAGUUUUACACUAAUGUAGUCAUGUAAUGUUAUCCACUUAGGGAUUUGAAAUCCUAAUUAGUAGCAACUGCAUUUUCAUGUUGAGUUCUGUUGCAGUUUGUCAUGCUUAAUUCUUCUUAAAAUAAAUGUAAUAUUGAGUAUUUUUAACAAAUAUUUCCUUAAUUCGCGGAAAUUAUCAAUAAAUAAAUUCAUAUGUAAUUAUAUUUUAGGAAAAAAUUAACAAGAAAAUUAUUCUUGUCUGUUCUCCCAAAUUAUAAUUUUUUUUUUUUUUUAAACUGAAAGAAAAUAAAACAAAAAUUAAUGUGAAAAAUCUUUUCUACUGCCUAAUGUUUCGUAAUAAGUUAGUAAUCUAGUUUUCAUUGAAGAAAGUAAUCACACAAUUGUGCCUCUUUUUAGAACUGGAACAUAAUACAUUUCACAUGUUGUCACAUUACCUACCCAACAUAGAUUUUAGAAAAAAGAAAAUUCUGACUUCUUUGACCACUUAAUGGUUUUUAUAAUAACAGAAAUGUGUCCUUCUUGAAUUAAAAUAAAAUGCUAGUUUAUUUUUAAUACCUUUCAAUA